GAGUUUGGCCCCCAAACUUCCCUGAAGUCAGACGUUCCUGGUCACGUCCUCUGCCACAAACCCGGACAAACAGCCUGACGCCGUCCGUCCCUCCUGUCGGAUCGGGUCCUGGCUGUGAAGACUCCCGGUCUUCAGAACCUUCACACACGAACGAGCAUGACGUCGCCGCUCCGGCGGAGCCUGGCCGCCGCGCUGCGCCUCGCAGCCGUGGGUUCGGGCCGCGCGGCCGCGCGCAGCGUGAGCGUCGGCUUCGGUCCAGACAGAAGGCGCAGCUCCAGCCUGGCGCCGACCAAAGCGCUGCUCUUCAGACAGCUGUUUGAGUCAGAGAGCAGCACCUACACCUACCUGCUGGCAGACGCACAGACCAAGGAGGCCGUGCUCAUCGACCCGGUUCUGGAGACCAUUGACAGGGACCUGAAGCUCAUAGAGGAACUGGGACUGGAUCUCAAAGUGGCAGUGAACACCCACUGCCACGCCGACCACAUCACCAGCACUGGGCUGAUGAAGAACAGAGUGGUGGGGCUGCAGAGUGCCAUCUCCAAGUUCAGUGGAGCUGCUGCAGACAUCCAGCUGUCAGAGGGAGACCACAUCACCUUUGGGAAACAGCAUCUGACAGUGAGGGAGACUCCAGGACACACUGACGGCUGUGUGACGCUGGUGUUGGGGGAUCAGAGCAUGGCUUUUACUGGGGACGCGCUGCUGAUCAGAGGCUGCGGCAGGACGGAUUUCCAGCAGGGCAGCCCUAAGAAGCUCUACCACUCCGUUCACCAGAAGAUCUUCUCUCUUCCUGAGCAGUGUCUGCUCUACCCAGCACACGACUACACAGGUCGAACCGUGUCCACGGUGGGUGAGGAGCGGAGGUUCAACCCACGUUUGACCAAGAGCCUGGAGGAGUUUGUGAGCAUCAUGGACAACCUGAACCUCCCCAAGCCAAAGAAAAUAGAUAUUUCUGUACCUGCCAAUCUGGUUUGUGGAAUCCACGAAGUCUGAACAUGCUAAAAAUGACAGCGUUAAUAAGUACAGAUAACACAGUAGUAAAUAUGUCAGAUGUGGGACUUGUUAUGUUUGUAUGAUCGCUAAUAAAAAACUCUAACAGUU